AUGAAGCAAUAUUUGAACUAUUACAAGAUGAGGCUGAGAACUUCGAGGUUAGGUUAUCUGUUACUUCAGUUCACGGCGCUUUGCUUUUACGCACAGAACACCGUGCAGUCCCCUCCGAAUUUCAAGCACCAUGUUACCGAGCAGAGCCGGCUAUCAGACCGGAUGAGCCGCAGGCUGACACGAACCUACCAACUGUACAGUCGCACCAGCGGGAAACACGUCCAGGUCCUGGCCAACAAGAGGGUGAACGCCAACGGAGAAGACGGAGCGGCACACGCUAAACUGGAAGUGGAGACGGAUUCUUUUGGAAGUCGCAUUCGUAUUAAAGGGGUGAAGACAGGAUAUUACAUAUGUAUGAACAAGAAGGGGAAGUUGAUCGGCAAGCGGAAAGGGCGAGGCAAGGACUGCAUCUUCACUGAGAUUGUUCUGGAAAACAACUACACUGCACUUCAGAACGCCAAGUACGAGGGCUGGUACAUGGCUUUUACACGCAAGGGCCGCCCCAGGAAGGCCUCCAAGACCAAGCAACACCAGAGGGAGGCCCACUUCAUGAAGCGUCUACCCAGGGGGCACUUGCUGAGUGAGAAGAGACCGUUUGAUGUUCUUCCUCUCCCUGUCCCCGCGCACCCUUUCAACAAGCGGACUAAACAUUCCCACCACCAGCGCUCAGGGGGACGCUGAGGACUGAAACCACUGAGGGAGAACCGUGGAUGAACCAGCACAGAAGAACCACUACAAGAGAAAACCAUGUGCUUCAUGCAAACUAACUUUUCCUGUCAAGUGC